CCAGGAAGUUUACUAAACUGUUAAAGUGCUUAAUUAUUUAACUUCAGAGAACACUGACCUAGAAUGAUUGAAGAGAGUGUUUGUAUUUGUUCUGAUCUUUGGUCAGUACGUAUUCUCAAUUUAGAGUGACAGCAGGGCAGGGAGGGAACUUGCAGUGGCAACAAACUGACGCAGAUUAUUUUUUAAUAAUGGAGAUGUUAGAUGUGUUUGUCCAGACAUCCAGCUCUUUCUCCCUGUUAGGGGCUCUGGUGGUCCUGCUGCUUCUCUACCUCAUCUCCUCCUCCAGCUUCAACUCGCAGGAGAUCAGGAAAGAACCUCCAGGACCAAAACCACUUCCCCUGCUUGGGAAUCUGCUGCAACUCGACCUUAAGAGACCCUACAACACAUUAUUGAAGCUUUCCAAGAAAUAUGGGUCAGUGUUCACCGUCUAUUUGGGACCCAAGAAAGUGGUGGUUCUGGCUGGAUACAAGACAGUGAAGGAGGCACUUGUCAACUACGCUGAUGAGUUUGGAGACAGAGAUCCAAUGCUAAUUGUGCAUGAAGUUAUUAAAGGAAAUGGUAUUGUAUGGUCCAAUGGCGAUUUAUGGAAGGAGAUGAGGCGCUUUACCAUAACCAACCUGAGAGACUUUGGGAUGGGCAAGAAGACUUGUGAGGAAAAAAUCAUUGAGGAAUGUGACUAUCUUCUUAAAGUGUUUAAGAAAUAUAAAGGAGAAGCUGUUGAUACGACUGGGCCAAUAAACUAUGCAGUCUCUAACAUUAUCUGCUCCAUUGUUUAUGGCAGCAGAUUUGAAUAUGACGAUCCAGAGUUUACAUCCAUGGUAGAUCGAACAAGCAGAAACAAUCAACUAUUGGGGACCCCAUCAGUACAGGUGUAUAACCUGUUUCCUUGGAUUGGAAAAUGGUUUGCCGGCAAAAAAGAAUUCCAUAAAUUGUUUGCUGCCAAUAUUAAACAGAACUUACAGCUGUUCAGUCGUUUGAAAGAGACCCUCAAUCCACAGAUGUGCAGAGGCAUUGUGGAUGCGUUUCUGGUCCACAAGCAAAAUCUGGAGGAAUCUGGGAUUACUAACAGUCACUUCCACAAUGAAAACCUUUUGAUCACAGUUAUUAAUUUGUUUGCUGCUGGCACUGAUACAACAGCAACUACACUCAGAUGGGGACUGCUGUUUAUGACCAAAUAUCCCAAAAUACAGGACCAGGUCCAGGAGGAGCUGAGCAGGGUGAUAGGAAGUCGUCAGGUGCAGGUUGAGGACAGGAAGAACCUGCCCUUCACUGACGCUGUCAUCCACGAGACACAGAGACUGGCCAACAUCGCCCCCAUGGCACUUCCUCAUAAAACUACCCAAGAUGUCACUUUCCAGGGUCACUUCAUUAAGAAGGGGACCACAGUGUAUCCUCUCUUGACUUCUGUCCUGUAUGAUGAGAGUGAGUGGGAGAGCCCACACACCUUUUAUCCUGCCCACUUCCUGGACAAAGAUGGAAAGUUUGUCAAGCGAGAUGCCUUCAUGCCUUUUUCUGCAGGCCGCAGGAUUUGUCUUGGAGAAAGUCUGGCCAGGAUGGAGCUUUUCAUCUUCUUCACCACCCUCCUGCAAAACUUUCGCUUCACUCCUCCACCUGGAGUUUCAGAGGAUGAACUGGAUCUGAGUCCACGUGUGGGCUUAAGCCGCAACCCUUUACCUCAUAAACUGUGUCCUGUUUCCUGUAUGUGAGGAGGAGGAGGGCUGGUGUCAUGCAGCAAGCUUAUCUUUGUAUCUUAUGUACUUUGUAUCUUGUUACUUUACAUUUUACUGAGUAUAUUCUUCUUAAUAUAUAAAGUUAAAUGUGAAAUUCCCAGAAUACAACGCAGAAACUGUUCAACAUUUUGGAAAUACUCUUAUUUGCUUUCUUUCUGAGACAAAGAUUGGAAAAAGAUACCACUGUAUCAUGACAGUGCAGAGCUCGAGUCAGAAGAUGGUUAGCAUAGCUUGGAUUAAACACUAAAAGCACAAAGAAACAGCUUGUCUAGCUCUGUCAAAACUAUAUAUACUAUGUUGACUUAAAAAUUGAGAAUAGUUGAGAGCUGGAAGCUUGUUGUGGAGUUGUUCUUCCCUCCAAAUGACAAAAAAGUAAUGCAUCUUAGCCUACACAAUUUAAAUCAAGGCUUGACAGUGCAAUAGCAUCAAUUGUCAACUGGCAGACAAAUCUGUUCCCUGCUAUGUGUCCUGCAUAGAUACUCUGAUCAGGACACGUAAUGUUGUUGUUUAAUGUUCAAUAUGUUUACACAACAAAAACAUUACAUGUCAGUCAGUACAUGACUUAAUUUCAUCAUAAUGUUUUUGUUUAAAUAUAUUAAGCAUUGAAUGACAACAUUAUUUACAUCAAAUGAUGCCUAAAUGAGCUGAAUGUAAUUUCUUCAUUUACCACAUUUCAAAAGAGGCAGAGUGGCAGCCCAAACAAAUGCUGGUAAAAAAGUUAAAUUCAAAACCGGCUUACAAUGAUAGAAUACUAGUCUAUGAAUAAAUUUAACUUGGUUUGUAAAACAUGGCAGAACCAAAAAGAUGGAAGAUAGUGAGUGAAUGCAGAAACAUACAGAAUUUGGCUGUGACUUCUUAUAUUGAUAAUAUGUAAAGUAUGUGAAGCUUACUGUAAAGUCACUUAAUACCAGAUAUGCCAUUGUAGAAAGGUCAACACAGGGAUAAUAUUAUAUUAUUAUAGUCGACAGGGCUUGAAAUAUGACCUAAAAUAAACUGGUGGACUUUGGA